AUGAUUGUUGAAUAUCGUGUUCGUGUAAACACAUCCCUUGUAGCUACGAAGUUUCUUUUUAGUUGUUGCAUGCCAUUUAGAGGUAGUGAUGAGUCUAUUAACUCUUUGUUUAAGGGGUCAUUUCUUGAGUUGGUGGUCACUUUAAAGAAAAUUAACUCAGAGAUAGCUAGUGUAAUAAAUUGUGCUCCUGGAAAUAACCUUAUAACUGCCCCUAAGAUUCAAAAGGAUCUUCCUGCUGCUUGUGCUAGUGAAACAACUCAACAAAUUAUAUGUGAUAUUGCGGAUGAUGUGUUUUGUGUUUUGAUUGAUGAAUGUGGUGAUGUUGCUCGCAAAGAACAAAUCAUUAGGGGGAAAAGGUAUGAUGGAGCUAGCAAUAUGAGAGGUAACUUUGGUGGUUUGAGAACUUUAAUCCAAAAUAUGAAUCCAUCUGCUUAUUAUGUGCAUUAUUUCGCCCAUCAACUUCAACUGGCACUUGUUGCAUGUGCUAAGACUCACAAAGAUGUUAGUGGUUUUUUGAGACAAGAAUUACCUCGAGACAAACAAGUAACUCAGUUUGCUAAAUUGAUUGAAGAGGGCCAAAUAGAAACAGGUAGUGGAUUAAAUCAAGAAUCAUCUAUUGCUAGAGCGGGUGAUACUCAUUGGGGUUCCCAUGUUAGGACUCUCACAAGUUUGAUGACGUUGUAUGAUGCCAUUAUUGGAGUACUUGAAGAAGUUGGGAAUGAUACGUCAUUUGAAAAACAUGGUGAAACUAUGCUUUUGUUAGAUGUGCUUCAAUCCUUUGAUUUAAUCUUCAUAUUAUAUAUGAUGGUUGAGAUUGUAGAAUUUACAAAUGAUUAG